AUGACACUAAACACAUCCGCCCUCGCUGCCAAGUCACAAAAAUUCAAAGAUAAAUUAGUUCAGACUUUCGUGUUCCCCAAGUCACCAACCAAAGAUUUUGCACUCUGUAAACCUUCGUCAACAGUUCACCAGGAGUAUGAGCUCACGAGCUACAACGAUAUCCGUCUACGGAAAGAAAACGUUAGAUUUGAUUCUAAUGAGGCAUUGAAUCUUGCAGAAAGAUUCAAUCAUCCUAUCGAAGACGGAGAUAUGAAGUUUUCUCACAGUAUUCAAUUCAAUGCAGUUCCAGACUGGGGAAACCACUAUAUAGCUUACAGUAACCUUAAGAAGCUAAUUUAUCAGCUCGAGAAAUCUCUUUACAAACAGAAUUCUGAUGAUGUUGAACAUGCCCUGUUGAUAUCACUAGAGGAACCCGACGAAAUCUUCAAAAAAUCUCUGGACGCAGAAUUAGAAAAAAUUACUUCAUUCUAUCUCAACAAAGAACUUGAGAUUUUUCAGGAGACGGCAGAUUUACUUCAAGAGGCUGGUACGUACGAGUCGGGUCUGGAGCAACAUGAAGCCCAAGAACCAAGCACUUCAAACUUUCCAAAACAAUAUCGCGAUAGGCCAAGAACUACCAGCUUGGCUCAGAAUUAUCUUUACAGACCACAGGCAAUUAUAGGUGAGUCGAUUGACGAAGGAACAGAAUAUAGUGAAGAAAGCAAUGAUAAUACAGCUCUGCUCAAGUCUAAAAACAAAAGUCCAGAAAGGAGAAGGUCGCUCCCCUAUGAUUCACCAUCACACAGCAGACCCGAGAAUCGUCAUCGCAGGAAAGAGUCUUUUGAAUUCUUAAGAUUUAAUCGUCGGCUCAGUCAGAUUAGUGAUGAUGAUUUCGAAUCAGAUUCUCUUUUUUACUCGGCAGGAAAUACAUUGAAAAAACGUACUAUAAGUCUCUUUGUUCAGCUUUGUGAGUUAAAAUCGUUUGUACAGCUCAACAAGACCGGAUUUGUGAAAGUCUUGAAAAAAUAUGACAAGAUUAUGAAUAGAAAUCUAAAGGACGAUUAUAUCAGCACUUAUGUAUCCGCUACAGAACCAUUUUUACCGUCAACAGCAAAAAAUAUAGAGAAUAAAAUUGAGGUAGUUGAGCAGAUAUUUGCAAACCUAGUCACAAAUGGCGACCUAUCUCUAGCCAAGAAAGAACUUCGCUUAAACCUACGCCAGCAUGUUGUAUGGGAAAGAAACACUGUUUGGCGGGAAAUGAUUGGCCUAGAGCGUAAGGCCCAGGCUGUUCAUUUGGGCCUCCGGAGAACUAUUCUUGGGGUAGAUAAUCGCCCGGAUUUUGCUCGAUUACAGGGCGAUGAUGAUGUGUUAGGUUCUAAACAAGGGUUCAUGACACGAUAUGGAAGACUUUAUCUUCCGCAAGUGCUAAUGAACUCUUCCUUCCUUUUCCUCAUCGCCAUAGUACUCAUCUUUAUCAUACUACUCCGUCUACCGAUGAAUCUCCAGAUUGAGGAGCAAAACUGUCUCGCCAUGUUGGUAUUUGUCAGUUUACUAUGGGCUACUGAAGCCAUUCCACUGUUCGUAACAGCUUUAAUAAUCCCGUUCCUAUGUGUUGUGCUGAGGAUUGUACGCUCAGAUGAGGUACCACAUUACCGGUUGAACCCUAGUGAUGCAACUAAAUUUAUUUUUGCUGCUAUGUGGACUCCAGUUAUUAUGCUUUUAUUGGGGGGCUUCACGAUCGCUGCAGCCUUAUCCAAGUACGACAUAGCCAGGCGAAUUGCGACAUUUGUUUUAAGCAAAGCGGGAAAUAACCCAAACGUGGUCCUCAUCACCAAUAUGUUUGUUGCUGCAUUUGCGAGUAUGUGGAUAAGCAAUGUUGCUGCCCCAGUUCUAUGCUUUUCCAUAAUUCAGCCCUUACUACGAAAUAUUCCUCCAGAGUCUCAAAUGUCGAAAGCGCUUUUACUAGGUAUUGCACUUGCAUCAAAUAUCGGCGGUAUGCUAUCGCCUAUCGCCUCUCCUCAAAACAUCGUUGGACUACAGAUCAUGGAACCCCCCCCAUCUUGGGGGGAUUGGUUUUUUGUAGCUCUUCCCAUAGGAAUAAUUUCUAUCUUUCUGAUCUGGCUCAUCCUUCUAGUCUCUUUCCGUCCAUCCAAUGGAACAACGAUUGUGCCCAUUCGUUCAGUCAAAGAUAAGUUUACAGGCAUCCAGUGGUUUAUCUCAAUCUCUACGCUAUUCACUAUAGUUCUUUGGUGCAUGAGUCACCAGUUGCAAUGGAUUUUGGGAGAUAUGGGUGUCAUUGCAAUCCUUCCAAUUGUUCUUUUCUUCGGCUCCGGUAUCCUCAGCAAGGAAGACUUUAAUAAUUUCCUUUGGACCAUCAUCAUUCUGGCGGCCGGUGGUCUUUCACUUGGAAAAGCGGUUAGCUCAUCGGGUCUGCUCCAUACCGUGGCUGGUCAGAUUACUGAGCGUGUCGAAAAUUUCUCAACCUAUGGCAUAUUCGUAGUAUUCAUAACUCUUACGCUCUGUGUCGCGACGUUUAUUAGUCACACUGUGGCAGCCUUAAUUAUCCUACCACUAGUCCAUAAAGUUGGCAUGAACAUGACGGAUCCUCACCCAAAUCUCUUAGUUAUGGGUUGCGCUCUCACCUGUAGUGCAGCGAUGGGUCUACCCACAUCCGGCUUUCCAAACAUGACGGCAAUAAUGAUGGAAAACCCUCAGACAGGCCAAAGGUACUUAAAGGUUGAUCAUUUUCUCAGCCGGGGCAUUCCUGCCAGUAUUGUGACCCUUACCAUCAUUAUCACUGUUGGCUACGGAACGAUGUCUAUCAUCGGUCUUUAG